AUGAGGGAAUCUAGGUCAGGCUUAAGUGCAGAAAUAACGUCGAACGGGAGAGUUAAAAUGGAAUCGUGUUUGGGGUAUAGUGCUGAGCGAAACUUCGUCAAGCGGAGUCAGUUGAAAUGCAAAGAUGUUCCAUCGCAUCAUGGUCAUAGGAAACGCUUUUUCCCGGACACAUUGAGUGCUGAAGGUUCCAGCGGAAAAUUUCCACCGAGGGCGAUGAGAAGCGCUGCAACUCCUGAAACAUUUGACAGUUCUAAUGGUAUUCUUCCCACUUCAUACGAGAUUUUAACAAAUUAUCGAAGCAGACAGGAUUAUAGGUGCGCUAAAAAGACGCUUAGGAGGUCGGCAGUCUUAGAUUGUUUGAAAAAAACAAACUUACCGGACGACUGCGAAUUAGUUGUGUUAGAUGUCGGUCCAACGGGAAAACAAAUGAUUGUUCAAGACUUCGAAAAAUUUAGGGAAAAGGUUGGUUCUUGUCAGUUGUUUUCCGGUUACGAAUCCGAUUACUAUAAACAGUUGGCAGUGGUUGUACCCAAAGAGUUGAAAAACAAGCUCCUAAAACUCGCAGACGAAAUGACAGAGCCCUUGCUGGAGAGUACACAGAGAAACACUUUUGAGAUUGACGUUCCCAACACAAACUACAAGAUACAUUUUGGUUCGGGGUUUACACCACUUGAAGUGCUCUUUCCGGGAGAUUUUUGUUCCCUUUCUAUUGGAAACCUUCCGGUUUCGUGGGAAAGCCAGACAGAGUUUCCCGAGUCUUUUGACAGCAAACUUGUUUCCUUAGGUGCUACCAAUAUUGUCAGGUACAGUCCCACAUUAAAAAAAUUAUUUGAUGCCUCUGGUCUUAUACGGUUUGGAAGUAAAGAAGCAGCUUCUGCUGCUCUUAAUAAGCUGAAAACGGAUGGAAGUCAACACGACUUUUUUUAUGAGGUAAAUUUUGUGAAGAUGACUUGA